CAAUGCCGUGCCAGUAUUUCUUCGCGGCCUCUCAACACGAACGGGGCAACAAUUUUGUCGGCUGCUCGGUCUGGCCGUUUGGCGCAAAGUGUGCAAGUUUUGUCGCGGCGUGCGUGCACGCUGACCCUUUUUUGGUUGGUUUUCUAGAGCCGGAGCACCCAGUUGGCACUGCAGCAGCUCGCGAACCGGCAUCGCAGCAUUUGAAACUCGUACAUCCAAACCAACGCUGUGCCCGUUCCGGGAGAGACGGAGAGUUUUCGGGGUGGGCAAGUUGUACCGAACAUUUUGCCAUCAGUUCACAUGCGAACAAACAAACCGAAAUCUCCCCAAAAAACAAUAGGUCGCUUGGAAAAUUGUGCUGUGUGUGUGCCUGUGUGCAUAAGUGAACCGUUUAUAACCGAUUUGAAAGUUGGUGUUGCCGCAAAGUGACAAAACCACCACAAGCUGACGUACGCUCCCGCUGGCCGGGACAAAACGCCCCCACAGCGAGACGGGAAAAGUUUACCCCAACCUUGCCAAAACCGCCCAGUGUUUGGUUGCAGUUUGCGCCUGGAGCACCACCACAAAAAAACAAAACAAAAGAGAGAAAAGUUCUGCUGACCAACCGCACAAAUGCAUUCCCCAGCAUUUCCCAGUGCGCUACAACGCUCGACGAUGCGUUAAUGUGUGCGCUAGUGUACGCCAUGCCGGGUGGUUUCUAUUAAUAAAGCGAUGAAGCAAACGCUCCUGCUGAUGAUGAUCAUGAUGGGCGCGAAUAAAAUAAUGCCGACCGGCGCAUCCGUGUGGAUCCGUUGGUAAGUUGGAACCGUGUGUCACCGCCGCGUUUGCCGAAUUUCCGCGCGCGAAAGUGCGUGAAGGCCGUGUGCAAUCGCAGUAGGACGGACGGUGUACCGCAGAAGUAUCGGAAGUGUUAAAGUGUGCCCAUUAGUUGAUAUUCUCUGCUAAGAAGCUCAAGUGGGGCAGUGAGUGUGAGUGUGAAGCUAAUUUAUUGUGGUGCAUUCUUUCUCGCGGGAAAGCAAACGAAGCAAAAGUUUAAAAAAAAAAAACCUAGCCUCAUAAUAAGUGUCCGUUUUCGUAUCCAUUUGUGCUGCGUAAGUGUGUGAGUUUUGUGUGAGCAGUGAUUACAUAAGCACCAAGGAGUGUGGUGGGGGCCAAGGUGGCCAGCAAGUUGCAUCGCAAAAUCGUGGUGCGAUUAAAAUAUUGUGCUCGUGCGCUGGCGCUGGCGCGCACGUAAAUCUGUCCACACCUCGUUUUGGCGCUUUAUCGGUGUGUGGUGCGCGAACGAAGCCGGCUUCACUUUCACGCGGCUUUCAAGUGUCUUGCAUUGCGAGAAGAUCAAGAACCCUAGGCGUAGUGUGUGUGUGUGUGUGUGCUUUUGUGCAGUGAAAAACGUCGCUCCGACCAAGGCCGUCGCUCCGUGCGUGGGUUCAGGCGUGGUGAAGUUCCGCAGUUCUCCGUCCGGGCGGUAAAGGUUAGCUGUUGAAGGUGUGCGGGCGUGUAUGUGCCAGUGUUUAGUGUGCCACACGUUAGUGCUAGCAGGUGGGAGCCGGGUGGUGGUGGAACAAACAAGGUGCGUACAGCCAUAAUGCCCGCCACGUCGUACGUGCGCGUACACCGGAAGUCGCUGUACUAUGCGCGCCCCGAGCGGGCCACCCUCUACGACAGCACCGAGGAGGACGUUCGCAACGUGUGGGACGGUUCGUCCCAGGAGGGUGACGAGAGCGGUGGGAAGGAUGCGGCCGAGGAUGAGCUGUUGCUGGCCGAGCGACCGCAGCCACUGGUAGAGCGGCCCGAAACCGGUCGGGCCGAGCUGAGUCGGCAGUUGAUGGAAGAUGUGGCCACCGUUAAUCUUUGGGCGUCCGUGCUGGAGCUGGUGGGUCGGGUUGAGGCACGCCGUACGGAACACAUCCGCCAGGGCAUCGGGCUCACCGCCGACGGGCUGUGCUGUCCGAUCUGCGAGGGUGUGCUGCGGUACCCGGUCACGGCGACCUGCGGCCACACGUUCUGCCGGCAGUGUUGCUUCGGGCAUGGGCGCUGCACGGUCUGUGGACAGCGGUUUCCCUCCGUCACGGGAGCGGCGGCUGCAUCCAGCAGUGCGCCCAUUGCAUUUACGUCCACUCCGUCCGCCUCCGUCUCGUCCGCUUCCGGCUCUUCCUCGUCGUCCUCGGCGACGGUGACGUCCGGGUCGUUCCGUGCGCUACCGGCCCCGGAGGAGGGAAGCGAGCUGGCGCCCGCGGCGAGCGUUGGGUUCGAGCUGGACAUUCUCAUCCGGCGGCUGGUGGAGCGGUGGUGGGCACCGGAGCUGAAGGCGGCCGAUCUGCACGAGGAAGCGCAGCGCCAUCUGGAGGACAACUCGCUCGACGAGGCCCUGCGCUGCUGCAAUCAAAGUCUCGAGCACGUGCCCAACAGUGCCAAAGGACUGCAGUUACGGUCGGAGGUGCUGCACCGGUUGCACCACUACCAAAGCGCACUGGCCGAUGCGGACAGUGCGCUCAAGUGUCUACCCACGUCCCACAAGGCUCACUAUUGCCGAGCCAAAUCGCUAUCAGCACUGGGCAAGUACGAGGAAGCCAUCAUAGCCCGUUGCCUAUCCAUCUUCCUAGACCGGCAGUCACAAGCCGUACCAAGCGGUAUCAAAUCAGAACUGAUGCAGGAUCUGCAGCAACUACUUUUCGAGCCCGCAUCGGUCGCAGGCUCCCGUGGCGCUCUCAUCGAUCAUCAUCCUCCCAGCGAGCCUGACGACCCACUCGGGCUGAUGUUGGACCAUUCUUAUGAACUGAUCGCGGGUUGCCGCAAACGGCGGCACCGGUGCGAUCCGCUCGCCACCCAGCGGCGCAAGUCGAAGAAGCAGUUCCUCACCCUCCGCCAGGGCGACUUUGACGAAGACCAUUCCGACUACGGUGGCGACGACUACCUGAGCAGUGAGCUGCUGUUCGACUACAUAGACGAUCCGUUCAGCGAGGAGUCGCUGCUAGGACCGGUGCCGACGCGAAACCAGCGCCAACACCGCAGCCACCACCGGAGGCGCCGAAAGUCGGGCAGCGCACUGCUGCUACAAUCCGAUCUCAGGCUGGAGCAACACCUGCGGGACCACCAGUACCAUCAGGCCCAGUAUCAGACGCCGCACCUGGUUGAGCCGAAACAGGAGCAGUGCGACUCAAUCAUUCCGCAGGCCAGUGCCCGACUGAAGUCGCUGCUUGAGCGGCUGGAUGGUGAGUUGCAGUCAGCCCGUUGGUUGGACACGACGCCGGUUCGGUUAGCGGUAAACCCAUCCCUCAUUGAACCUUCCGACUUCGACUGUGUGCUGUGCUGCCGGACGCUGUGGCGUCCGGUUGUGACCCCGUGCGGUCACACCUACUGCUGGGUCUGUCUCGAUCGGUGCAUGGACUACUCAUCCUCCUGUCCGCUCUGUAUGGCGCCGCUGGUCGAGCAGUUUCGCAACCAUUUGCCCGGCAGUGCUUCGACUCCACCGGAAGCAGCCGUACCGGGCCCUGCCAGCCCGUCCACCAACCUGAUCUCACUGGCGAAGCGGAAGAUGACGCGCUUCGUCGAUCUCGCCAUGCAACGCUUCAUCCCGGAGGCGUACGAGCGGCGCCAGCAGCAGGAGCAGGACCGCGAACCGACCGUACCGGUGUUCAUCUGCACCACCGCAUUCCCCUCCGUGCCGUGCCCGCUGUUCGUGUACGAGCAGCGCUACCGGUUGAUGGUGCGCCGGGCAAUCGAAAGCGGCGAGCGGCGGUUCGGCAUCGCCCUCCCGGCCCAGAACGGGCGCCAGCGGUACGUCGAGUACGGCACGAUGCUGGACAUCCGGGACUGCGUGCAGCUGGGCGACGGGUGCUCCAUCCUUUCGACGGUCGGGGGCCGCCGGUUUCGGGUGCUGACGCGCCACGAGCGGGACGGGUACGAUACGGCGCACGUCGAGUUUUUCGAGGACGAAAAAAUACACGGCGGCAGCACGGAGGCGGACGAGCGGCUGCAGCUGGUGCGCGAUCUGCACGAGAAGGUGCUGCUGAAGGCGAUCGAGUGGCACCAGAGCCUGCCGGAGAGCAUACGGUGCGAGAUUUUCAAAAGCUUCGGCAAGAUGCCGGACCUGGAGGAGAACUGGGAAGAUGUGACGGACGGGCCGGCGUGGGCCUGGUGGAUCAUUGCAAUCUUGCCACUGAACGAUAAGCUCAAGGUCGACAUCCUUUCGACGACGAGUCUGAAGAAGCGGCUGCGUGCCAUCGACAAAACGCUCAACCUCGAGUCGGCACAGCAGAAGCGCCAGCGCUCCGUGUGCGUCAUGGCUGGCGCGUCGUCCGCGUGCUGCGAAGGACUAUCAUCAACGCAACAGUGCCAAGCGAUCGACUGUUGCCUGCGAGAAAGAACUACCUCAAGCGUUCAUAAUCACCACCAUCACCCUCAUCACGAUAGCGACCGGCAGAGCGACUCUACGCAGCACCAGCAUCUUCACCACCACCAUCAUCACCAUCACCAUCACCAUCAUCACCAUUUGAGCACGUCGACGGACGAGUAUCUGCUGUAAGGGCUGGGCAGGAGAGCCGAAGUCGAGCAGAAGCAUACUUCCACUGCAAACACGCCAAAAGUGUAGUGCGUCUCCGUAUCGCACAAGGACCGAGCUGAACGGCACAGUCGGCAGAAGCUCACGGAGAGUCCAGUUUUGUAUCUCGUACUAGCUAAACAACAUAAACAACUCUUUCCUAAUCAAUCGAUAAACACUGAAACCGAUGGAUCAAUAGUAAAAAAAACACAUUAGGGCAGUAAAGACGGGGUCGAGGGCGCUGAAGAAGGGCGAACAAUUUGAAUCGUGAUCAAUGAUGCAUUUGAUGUAACUAGAAGAAAGGAGGGGGACAGCGAACAACCGUUCGGUCUGUACAAGGGCGCACAGUGUGCGUACGCCCUUUGAAAUCCAUAUCGUCGCGGUAAGGUAAAACAUAAUUGCAAGCUUUAAUGAGAGUGUUAAUUCCAACGCCAAAUCCAGUUUUUUCAAACAUAGAAGUGAAUAUUCCUCUUCCCAACUUUUAAAAACAAACACCAUAUAACCUUUAACUACCAGCAGCUACGCAUAUUUCUCCAAACAAUUACCACACUUUACAACCUUCCCUUGAACACGGCUAUUCAAGCUAUACUAAUCGCGUUAUUAGAAGUUGACACAGAAACCUUUGCCUUGAGCAAUGUAAUCGCAUUCAAUCUUACCACACACGGUGAAUAUAUCCUUCCUCCAAGGUGUUUGUGCCGCUAACUAUAUAGGAACGUUUUUGCCAUUUUCUGAUCGCAUCUUAUUACCCCUCUUGCUCGUUCGAUAGCUUCAACGUUUUGGCUUUGACUGCACUUACACCUGUCGCAGGUGGGAUCCGCCUCCAAUGUACAGCAAAGCUUUAUCUCUCAAACGUUUCCACUGCAACAAGUUUUUUACUUCCAUUAUUAUUCCCUGUUCUCUCUUCAUGGAAAACGUGUUUUCCCACUUUUUACAUUCUUUCCAUCUCUUCUAUUGAAAAUACCAAACACGAUAAAUUUGUCCCAAACUCUACUAUGGUUAGUCAUAGCAAAAUACAUGUUUAGCAAAAGAAAAACCAGAAACCAAUAUUGUGCAUUUUUGUAAAAGGGAAAUGAAACGUUAGAAACAAAAGGUGUGCUUGUGAGGGACAAUGAAAGAUGAGAUGAGAUUUGUGUGUAAAGCAACACAACAGAUCAACCAACAGAAAGGCAUGCAAAGAAAAGCAAACUUAGCUGGUGCUGUGAGACAAUGUGAGGACAAUCUUUUCUGCAGGUGACCAAAAACCAAACGAACAAACAAACAAACAAAAACCCUCAACAAACAGUGCAACGGAAUCGGUUUUCUAAGAGGGCGGUGCCGGGCGAAGAUCAACCUGAUCUGUCCCGGCACAACCUCGACCCCGAAGGGAACAUUUCCUCAAUCAAAUCAGAUAGCAGAUGGUAAAUGGUAGUAAAUGUCACAACGAUCACACAAACACACAGUAUUCAGUGCACGUAUAACAAGCAUGGAAAUCAAUUUUGCUAAUUAAAGUAAAUGCAAAACGAUGGAAGAAUGUUGACGCAGGGACACUGUUACAAACACACAAUACACACACACACAAAAUAAAACACAAGGCAAUAGUAGGCAAUGGAACAAUCUGGCAACAAUCAGUCAAGCAAUUCUCAUAUUUAACUUCAUGCUCUACCGUACCCGUAGAGCGCAGAGGCCGACAUCUAUCGGUCACAAAAACAUGCACUAAAUAAUCAAAACACUGCGAAUGGAAGAGACUCCAGAAGAAAAGGGAGAGAUAAGUUUACGCUCUUAGCUAUCAGCACCUAGUUUUUUGUUUUUCAAACUCUUUGUACACGUUAGCGUACUUUAUCCAUAAGAUCGUUUGCUGAUCAUUAAUUGUGAUACUGUGAAAUUUAGUUUAGUCGCUAUGUUUAAGCGUCUUCUGUUUUCCUUGUUUUGCUUGUCUUUCCACGUCUCACGCUUUGUCUACAAGAGUUUAGUUUUCUUAUAUUUUAAUGUAUAAUUUGCUACAUUUUCUUUAUUGUGUUAUCUUUUUACCCCCGAAACCACUUUCAUCCAUUCUUUGUUCAUGCUCCUGUGCUCUCCCAUGCACCAGGAGUAGCCCUGGUCUCUGGUUUUGAAAAGCCCUGGCUCCAAUGUAAACACAGGAUGGUUAAAAAACAAGUAUGCAUUUCAAUCAGAACAACACAGAAAGGGAUAAGUGUUUAUGUAAGCAGCUAGGCCAUAGGUUAGCGAACGAUGUAAAAUGAACACUUAGAUAAGAAAAGGUAACUAGUACACUAAAUUCAAUGUUUGGGACGUAAGUAGAAUGAUAGGCUUUUUUAAAUGUAAACUGAAUUACCAAUUACACUCACACUCUCACAAUAAGCAAACAGGAUCAGUUCUGGCUGCUUGGGCUUACUGGUGAGAAGCAGUACACGUACAACAGGUGCAAGCGUGUGCUGGAAACAAAAUGGUUAAACAACAACACACAAGCAAAACACAACGUUUCGGUCACUUCUGACUAUCGCCUGCACGACCACACACACACACACACACACACACAUAAACAGACAACACAAAGCACACUAUUACACAGUAGAUAAGGUGAAAAAAUUGUACUAGCUGUAAGCUAAAUUAUGUCAACUACUAGGCACCGAAUGUAUCUCAAUCAUUCCCAAAUUCCCUUCUCGUCGUUCUCCCGUUUUUUUUUUUCUUAACCAACUGCGUUCGCGCAAACACCGCCAUAAAGCGUUAGGGUUAGAAGCGAUGUGCAUGAGAGACGCCGGAGGUGACAACAUGACAGCCAAAGUGUGCCAGCAGCAAGAGCAGAAGCAAGAAAUAAUAAUGAUCCAACCUGGGAAUGGGAUUAGUUUAUCGAAGCGAAGCAAAGAAGGGAACGGCACUCGCUAGACGCAGGGCGGUAUAAAGUGUCACAAGAGUCUUAUUCGUAAGAGGUACAAAACUACUACUAUUAUUAUUACUACUACUACUCCUACUACUACAACUACUACUACUGUUAGAACUGGUGUGAUUUUGUCAGUCGCAUAAGUAGGGAAAGCGCCAGCGAGAGCCGUUGAAAGCCUACGAAAAAAGCAAAUGAUGCAAACAGUAGUGUGUUGGAGACAAUGAAAUCGAUUACAAAGCUGAGGACAAUGAUCGGCGUAGAGUUGUGUGCAAGCCGUGGCAGGAGGAAAAUUAUUUUUAUUUUCUGUUCUGUCUUGUGGCACGUAAGUUGCGCGGAAGCAAUUGAUAGAUCUUCAACUAAAUAAAAGAAUGAAUCCAUUUUUCAAUGUAA